CUUGCAAGUUGCACCAUAUUCCAUUUGCGUGUCCUAGAUGUUUUCACAGGAGAGCCUAUCAUUUGUUCCCACCAGAAAGCGGUGACGUCACAAUCUUGACGGGUUCCAAAGCUGGGUUCAGUGAGCAUCUGAGUCAAGGCAAGUGUUAUCUAGCUGCAAGAUGCACUUUGAACCGAUCUGACCGCUAAAGUCGUUUUGAGAUCAACGACGGAGUGGUAUAUAUAGAUAUAAGAUAUGCCGUUCAUGUGGCUGUAAAAUUCCAGAGCUGCCAGUAGUUAUAUAUCAGCAGAGAAGUUUGUAUUUUGUGAUUUUGACGCUUCAUCAGAAUGAUUGCAGAGAGAGCGAUACUUCAGAUGCUUUGCAUACUUUGGGUCUUGUGCGACCCUUGUCGCCUUGUCAAGACAUGCCUGUCGAUUUAUGCAUUUGACUCUGCCUGCUGGUUUGGGAGUUUUCUCCCGAGAUGGCCCCAGACACUCCAAACUUGGAUCCGCCAUGACAAUGUCGUGAUUUGCACAGCAGCUUCCAAGUUGCGCCUUGUUCGAUUUGAAGUUUCCAGGAUUGUGCAUAGUGGGAGAGCCUACCGUUUGCUGUUCCCAACAGAAGGUGGUGACGUCGCAGUCCUAAGAGGUUCCAAAAAGCUAAGCCAGCUAAGUGAGCAUGUGAUUCAAGAGGAGUGUGGUGUGGAGGUCAGUGUGAGGACCCUUUCUAAAAGCCAGGGGACCGCCCAAUUUCUCGCAUGUGGAAACAACAAAUCGCUUGUAUGCUUUUCCAAGUGUACUCGGGUAUUCGAACAUAGAAUCGGUUGCUGGGCAGGUGCAGUGGGAUGCGCCAAAUUUGCUUGAGCAGUCAACAUGGUCGCAAGCAUAGUGAUUCUGCUAAAUUGUUCAACCUCGUUUGUUCGAAGCUGGUUCAUUCCAGUCGCAAGUCGCAAGUCAUCAGAGGAUUUGCAGUGCGAAGGAGGAACACUGAAGCGCUAGAUUCACUAGAUUGUAUGUUGCCCAGAAGCUGCCUUGCUCAACGGAUGUUUUUAGGCCCUGUUUGACAAACACAUCCAAGGACUAGAGGGAAGUAAUUAGAGUUUCUUUUGUAUCAAGCGUCAAGAAGAACGUAACAACCCAGCGCAUCAAAUGCAGUGAAGGCUUCAAACAAGGGCAAUGAGCCACACGUGCCCAUAUUCAUUGCGAAUGUGGCUGUGACAGAGUUAUUUAGAGUCCCGCUAGUAGACUGGUUGGGCUAGCGAGACCUUGCUGAGAAACCUGGAGUUUGCUGAGCGAUUCAGUCUUGGCUGUUUCGUUGCAGCAAACCUAGUCCAGAGGAUGGGAAUGUGAACACUGAGUGUCAAAUCUGGGGUCGAAUCAGAAGAGGUCUUCAAGUCUUCAACGAGACCAGACCAGAAACUGUUGGGCGUGCUGAGUGACAGGCAGAAUUCAUAUGAAUUCAUAUCAUGAUGUGACUUGCAGAAGGUGCGCUGUUAAAGCCUGACUGACAUCGCACUCUCGUCUUUGGCGUGACUCACAGGCUCUAUACUUUACUGUGGGAAGCUGCCCACAUCAUGCUGCCCAAGCCGCAGAGAUCAAAGACGCAGGUUGACCGAAAACGUGCCAACCCUGCAGGUUUUUCGUUUAAGGGAGGCAGUCACAUCACUCACCGGAAGCAGACCAAGACAACCCCUUUAAGGAUCAAUUCCUUGUCACCCUUUUUGGUUUGCACAGCACACGCGGCAGCGCAGCGGUCAUUGCUGCCGCUGUUUGCCAGAGCCGUUGGUCGUCAUGCAAUCGGAUUGUAGGUACUUUGCAUUUUUUGGACUUGCUCUUUGACGGAUCCAGCCCUGUAUUGAGUCAAUAGGUUGCUGUUAACGGCCUGAACCCAUGUCAGAAGACAUUCUUUUGUAGGGGCAUUGUCCGCAUUGAGUUGCAGCAGCACUUCCAAGUGUAUGCAAGUGUUCCUUUGGACCCUGGAGCAGCACUGGUUGAGUUUCCCCGCAGACCGAUCACAAGUUCAAGAAUGAUCAAGUGGGCUUAGUAGCAGGCCCGCUGCAGCUGCAAAAGCUCAGCUGGACGACUUUGGCGUUUCUGCCUGCAUCAUGGGAGCGAUGGUUUCAAUCUCCGUCAGCUGCCCCAAGUCCAAGAGCUGAAAGUAAUGCAACCGGGAGCGCAACCCAACAAGCUGUGUGCGAUCUCCGUCAGGCCUGGAGAGGGUUAAGAUUACUUCGAGUGAGCAAGAGGCACACCAGGCACACUACACCACCUAUUGACCUUUACCUUCGCAUUGUCGAGGUCUCCCACCAACCAGUUCCAGACUGCUGCUGGACGGUCACGCAGAGCAUCCAAAAAAAGCGUGAUCCUCUUGUCACACAUCACUCAAUCCCAAAGGGCCUCCUUGCUCUUGUUGAUCGAGGCAACUGGCAUGUCAAGGACCGUUGGCGAAUUUGUGGUGGUGAAACUUCCCAUCUCGAGGACCAUGCACCACUCGUCCGGGUCCUUCAGCUGCAGAAUCCUCCCAUCGCUGCUGAAUCGGGGUAGCAAGGAGUCUUUUCUGCAUCCAUGCUGCAUCCUUCCCAUGCUUCUUGGUGAUGGACAGCAGCAAGCUGCACGACAUGCUGUAGAUAGCAGUGGCCGUACACAUUCAGGAGGGUACCUUACAGAGCAACCAGGUGCAGCUUUGCCUUUUCAUUUUCCAAAAGAUUGGUUUGACUUUAACGUAAUCCCCAAGGCUGUUGCUGAGGUGUGCCCUCCUCUCCAGAGCCAAGAGGCCAGCCUUGUCCAGACCACUCUGAAGCAGUGCUGGUGGUUCUGUCGUGACAAAUGUAUUGGACUAUGCGGCCUAUACGUGAGCAGGCUUGGACUGAGGAGUGUGAAGAUGGGCCUUUUUGCUUCUAAGCUUUGCCAGCCAAACUUCUCGUGUGUCGUGGGGACUGAAAGUGUGCAAGCUUGAAGUUUAAACAUCCGUUUCUUCGGGGGCCAUUUGCACUCAGUCAAGAGGUCCACUUGUACAAAGCCUGUUGACCAUGGCCUCCAACGGCCAAGAAUAGCAGGAGGCAAAUGUGCACAUUGAGGAUUUGCACCAGAACCUAAGAACCCAGCAAAUGAACCACAUGCAAGUCACAGCUGUGUCAAUGACACAGGGUGUUUGAGUCCUCCAUGUGACAUUCCCUGAGUGCACACACUGCAAUGGGGAGAAAGACAGAAGGUCAAAGUCUUGGAUUGUCUUCUGCAAAUUGUUCACGACCAUUCUUGUCCUUGAUAGAGGCGUGAGAAUGCAAAGCUGUCACCAAGGUCUUGACACGCAGCCAACGCAGAGACGUGCGUCGGGGAAAGAUUGCUCCCCUUGCCUUUAGCGUCGUUUUCAUUGGCCCGAUGCGCCUCACACAGCCGAAUUGAUAAAGCCGGCGACGUUUUGCCGUCUUUUCCGGACAUCGUGCUGACAAGCAGUCAGAACCUUCAAGUGUUCGGCGUUUUUUCGGCGGAGCCGCACAUUUGUCAUUGUCAGGAUAUGGUGGAAACAUCACUUUUAGCUUUUGCAUGUCUUGAUGCUGGCUUUCAAUGCUUUCCGAGGGCCGAUAAAAUCUCACUAUAUAAAGUGAUAUGCAUAUGCAGAUGAAGAAUCUUCAGAUCCUGAAGCAAUCCAACAGAUUGGGAUGGACGCGCAAGCAGCUUUUUGGGAUGGCCCCAAAACAUCAGAUUUCAAACCACCAUGUCCCAAUGCAACGCGCGGCAGCUUGCAAGUUGCACCAUAUUCCAUUUGCAUGUCCUAGAUGUUUUCACAGGAGAGCCUAUCAUUUGUUCCCACCAGAAAGCGGUGACGUCACAAUCUUGACGGGUUCCAAAGCUGUGUUCAGUGAGCAUCUGAGUCAAGGGAUUAUAGGUGCUUCACCCACAAGUGCAAAAAAAAAACUUCCGACUGUUCACCUAAGGGCUGUCCACCAAGUUCACCUAAGGGCUGUCUUUAAAAUGCUGUAGGACCAUAGACUUGGCCACUUGCAGAAUGACGGCUUGAGUCUUUCAAAGGAUCACAUGUUUGGGCCACUUUGGCGAGUCCUGUCAUCGAUUGGGUCUUCGCAAGCCUUUGUCAAAUUUGUCUCGUGGUUGGAUGGUGUCGACUGUCUCGGAAUCUCAUGUGCGAUCGAGGCAUAUUUGCUGGAAAAGUGAGUGACAUGACCAGCUCUCGUGGUGUCAUAGGGUCUCGAAAUGCAGUCUUGGUCAUAUGCCCCAAGAAUUCCUGGGAGAAGGGCUUUGCAGAGGCCGAUGCUCCUAUCGCAGGACUUCAUUGCUGCAGCACAGGCAAAUCCACGUUCGAGAAUGGCUGCCUAGCUGCAUUACAGCUGCUGCACAUGACAUCACAGGUGUGAGGAGGCUCAGUUCGGUGGCACAAAGACAAGACUUUGAUAUUUUUUUGAAACGAGUAAAGCAGCCCGAGACAGGGUCUCGAAAUGGAGAUGGUCGGUUGUUAGGGAGGUAAAUCACUCAACUGCACGCUGAGAUGUUAUCGCUGUAUUCCAAGCUGCUCCCUGUUGGCAACAUGCUGGUUUGCCUGUCACCUUUCCAUGAAAGACUCAGACAUGCGAGGUGGUGUCACAGGAAUUUCUGUGUUAUUUGGACUUGGUCGUAAGCAGUUGAAGACUGCCUCUCCUGGUCAGAAUAUAGACUGCUGUGGGGUCCAUGACAUCACACCUUGCAUUCUCAUCAGCAAUUGAGGAAAAGGUGCGACACGCCCUGUGCUUCCCUCUCAACAUGUUUCAACUGCGUCCUUCAAUCACCCACAGUGUCCACCCUCAAGACAUGUAUAGAUGCUUUGGCUAUUACGCGACCUUUUGAGCCCAACUGCAGUGUUGCAGAUGAGCAGCAGGACG